CACACACACAAAAAAAAAAUAGAAGAAAAUGGAUUUAAAGAUAAGUGAUAGGAAGGUGGGCGACACCAUUGCUUUUGAUCUAAGUGUUUGGUCCCUAUACAUUUCUUUCUUUUUUUCUUUUAUAUUUUCCAAUAUAUAUUAUCCAUACUCGGUGAUAUAAUUCAAGAGAAUCAAUACUGUUUUGGAAACAUUCUUCAUCCGGUAGAUGAUUGGGAGAUUCUUCAUCUUGGAGGCAAUAACACAUUGUAAUUUUCUUGAAUGUCUGGUUACAAUUUCUGAGAGUUAUGUGAGAAUGAGAUAGCACAAUGUAAAGUUGUAAAACCGUUGAAAUAGACGUUGAACGUUGAAAUAGACGUUGAACUUACAAAUUGAAAAUUUGUAAAGCAAAAAAUUAUACUUUUUAAAGUAUAAGAAGUUGUCGAAGUUAUAUAGUAACAACCACUAGUCCAUGUUACCACAUUUUUUUUUUUUGAAUUAUACAGAGGUAUCCUGGCCCCACCGAAGUGGUCCAGACUAGUCACGUGUUGCCACAUGUCGGUCCUCUGUCCCUGGCGAUGCCGAAAUGUUAAUUCCCCAGUGACCGGGAUUCGAACCCAGGUAGCGGAACUCACAGCUGUGAACUCUUUACCAACUGAGCUAGAAGCGCUGGUUACCAUGUUACCACAUUGCUAGCGCUUUUAUGAUAUAGCCAGCUUGCAAUUUAGUGUAGUAGUAGUAUCAACCUAUGCCUUACCUUCAAUAUGUUCUCAUAAACUGUGGCUUUUCUCUGGCGUACAAAGUUACAUUCAUUUUAUGGAAAUUAUAUUUGUCCUAAAAUCUUCUACUUCUAUUGAGUAAUUUCUUAUUUAUUAAGUUUAUGGAAAUCAUCACCGGGUUGAAUGAGGUCAAAACUGUGGAGCUUGUAAAUCUGAGUGGAAUUGGUCCUGCAUUCUUGUUUCAGUCAAACACUGGUUACGCCCAUUUCCAUGGUUCUUUUUGGAAGCAUCAUCAAGAAGCUGACAAAUUACAGCAAAGAGGUGAAAACAUUCACCAGAAAUGUAUUACAUCAAGGGAGCUUGGAACAGAUUCAAUUAAGGAGAAAGUUAAUUAAGCAAGACAAUUAAAAGAUGCAA